AUGGCGGACGCGAGUGCGACGGGCCUGCAAGCCGCCGCAUGCCCGCCGCCCGGCGCAGCGCAGGAGCGGGGUGGGAAUCCAGCCCCUGAGGCCCAGGCCCAAGAUGCAGGGGCGCGCGGGCGCCUCAGCCCCGCCGCGGACCCUGGGAGCGCUCCAGCUGCCCCUGGGCGCCAAGAAGUGGCCCCCUCGGUCACUGGCGGGAUCCCGGAAAAUGGCUCGGACAAGGACGAGGACGAGGCCCCAGAAACCUGUGGCGCAGAGGGGUGGGAGGCUCGGGCGGGAGCCAGGAGGAAGACCGAGGAAGUGACGACUGAGCAGGGCGCCAUCUUGAUGGAGGAGGUGGAGAAGCAGCAGGUGGGGGAGGAGAAGAUGGAGGUGGUAGCAGAGGAGCAGGCGGUCCUGGGGCGCCUGAACCUUGAUGGCCCAGUCGUGAACCCACUGGAGGCCGUGGGGGCCGAGGCCGACAGGGCCUACAUCUGGCUUGAGCGCAGCUUCGGGCGGAUGCGCAGGUUGCAGCUAGCCAGGAGGAGCUUCAUUAUACAGAACAUUCCAGGCUUCUGGGUCACGGCCUUCCUGAACCACCCGCAGUUGUCAGCCAUGAUCAGCCCUCGAGAUGAAGACAUGCUUGGCUACCUGAUGAAUUUGGAGGUGAGAGAGCUGAGGCAUGCCAGGACUGGCUACAAGUUCAAGUUCCGGUUUUGGAGCAACCCCUACUUCCGGAACAAAGUCAUUGUGAAGGAGUAUGAAUGCAGAUCCUCGGGCCGAGUGGUGUCUAUUGCCACUCGGAUCCGGUGGCACCGGGGCCAGGAACCCCCAGCCCUGGUACACAGGAACCGGGACACCGUCCACAGCUUCUUCAGCUGGUUCUCACAGCACAGCCUCCCGGAGGCAGACAGGGUUGCCCAGAUCAUUAAAGAGGACCUGUGGCGUAAUCCGCUGCAAUACUACCUGCUUGGGGAUAGGCUGUGCAGAGCCAGGGGCGUAGCUCAGUGGCCCGCUGACAUCCCUCCUAGGCCUUAUGGGUUCCAGUCUGGCUAA